AUGUUUUCUAAUGGAGUCGAAGCUGAUGGGUUAACAGAUGAACAAUUUAAAGGUAGGCUUCCUGAGGCAAAUAUCAUAAAUAUUAGUGAAGAAAAAUGUCAUAUUAUAGAUCAAGAAUUGUUUAAUAACUCUGGGUUAAUAAAAGAAAUAAUCAAGAUCAAAUUGAUGCAAUUACAAGCAGGUUUUGGUGUUCAGUUAGAUAAAGAUAUGGAUGAAAUACCUACACCUCUACUGAAUGAAAAUGAUAUAGUGUCAUUAAAAUGGAAAUGGGAUAUUAUAUGA